AUGCUUGCUCAACAUAUGAUGAUGCGAGUCAGUGAACCUAUUCGUAACUUUAAAUGUUUUCAUAGGAAAGACCUGUUCAAAAAUAGAUUGGAAAAUAUUGCUGAAAUAAUUCCACUGUUCAUUUACAUCAUUCUGAGGGCCGCAUUUUCAUAUUGGUGUAUCCCAGGAAAAUUUUACAAACCGAAAAAUACCGUUUUCACUCAAAGUUCGAAUGAAUGGAAGUUCACAAGCAGUACAACUAUUCUUGCUAAUGCCUACAAGUGGUUCAGUUAA